UAAAUAUAAGAACAGAUGAGGCGAUUCUGAUCAGUCUCAAGAUCUUAAGGGCAAGCUCCUCUGUUGAGUUGCUUGGAAGCUUGGAGCAGCUAGAAGUGGGAACCAGGAGAAACAGGACCCUGUGGAAGCUGGAGCCCUUCUCCCAAAGAUGAAGAAAUAAAUGAAGAAAUGCAAGUGAGGGAAGAGAAGCGUUGAGUGUUUUUACAAUGGCUACACAAACUAGUCAUGUCUUCCAUGAGCAAGAAAAUAACUUUCUGGAGAAUGAUUGCAUGAGGAGGAACACUGACAAAGAUCCAAAGAAGCAGUUGAACCAGGAGACAAUGAAUGGACUUGGCCAGAAUCCAGACGAUGGACUACUGGUUACACACGUUAACCAGACACAGGACCUACUGAGGCUACAGGAGAGUAAGAACCAGUCUUCCACUUCCGAGGACUCCGAAGAUUGGCUUUCGAGUCACAGUUUAGAGUUUGAGAAACUCACCUUGGCUGACCUGAUAAAGCAGGGCACAGCUGUGCUGGAGGAAGGCAGCAACGUCAUGCAGAAAAUACGCUUCCCCACCCAGACCGUCUGGCAUUUUGAAUCAAAGCUUUCUGAAGCCAUUGAACUCUAUCAACAGAGGCUUCAGUGGCUCACAGAAAACAGCAAUAAGGCAUUCGGCCUCAUCAAAGGCGCCAAAGUAGGCAUCCUCAUUGACACAUUGGCGGUCGGCAGUGGCCCUCAGAGAGAGCAGUUCCAGAGUGACCUCGUGAGCCUCAUUGACGAGCAGCUGAGCCACAAGGAGAAGCUGUAUGUCCUGUCCUUCGGCACCACCACCAGCUCCCUCUGGCCAGACCCAGUGGAAGUCAGCGCCUCCACCCUCCAGGAACUCAAGCUCUGGGUCAAGAAACUGCAGCCCGAGGGAGGCAGCAAUUUGCUACAAGCCCUGAAGAAAAUCUUCACUCUGAAGGAGCUGAAUUCUCUGGUGACCAUCAUGGGCAGCUGCCCUGAUCAGCCUUCUGAAAUCCUGUCUGACUACAUCCAACAGGCUACCAUGGGAAGGGGCCUCUUCAUCCAUGUUGUUACCUACAAAUGCGAUGGUCAACUGCCCCCUGCUGUCCUGAAGAACCUCGCAGAAGCCCUUGGAGGCUACUACCACUGCUACAGCACGGAGACAGAGCUCUGUGCCAGCCGGGAAGUGGAUGAGCUCCUGGCAGAAAUGCAAAAGGCCCAGAGCCUCCUCAGCCACAUCCAAGCCCUGCGCCAGAGCAGUCCGUGUGAGGAGCUAACCUGCGUGCAGAAGCAGUUCCAGAAAUAUCCAGAGAAGGAGACGGGGAUGACGCCUUUGAUUUUCCAGAUUUCCACAGAGAUUGCAAAAGGGCCACUCACAAGUCUCUUGCCUAAACCUCCAAAGCACGAAGCUCCUCUCACAAUUGAGUUCCCAAACUUGGAUAAGACUUCUGCAGAAUGGCUCAAGGUUAAUAGUCUAAAAGCCAAGAAAUUAAGCCUUUAUCAGGUUCUGGCACCCAAUGCAUUCUCUCCCGUGGAAGAAUUCGUGCCUAUUCUCCAGAAAACUGUGUCAUCAACUAUCCAUGAGAAGGCAAUGGUACAGUUUGAGUGGCACGACGGGACAGUGAAGAAUAUUCAUGUGGACCCGCCCUUCCUCUAUGAGUACCAGAAACAGCUCAGCAGAGCCGUGCGAAUAUUUGAGAGGCGGAUUGAGUGGCUCUCCCUGGCCAGCAGACGAAUCUGGGGCACUGUCUGUGAAAAAAGGGUGGUUUUACUGCUGGAUAUCUCUGCGACCAAUUCCAUGUACAUUAUUCAUAUCCAGCACUCCCUGAGGCUGCUGCUGGAGGAGCAGCUCUCCAACAAAGACUCCUUCAACCUCAUCACGUUUGGAGCCACAAUUGAAAGCUGGAGGCCAGAGCUGGUUCCUGUGACCCAUGACAACUUACAGAGCGCCUGGCGGUGGGCCCUGACCCUGCAGUGCGGGGGCAGCAGAAAUAUCCUCAGCGCCCUGCGGAAGGCCGUGGAAGUGGACUUCAAGGACAAGGACAAACACCAAUCCCAGGGCAUCUACCUCUUCACGGGGGGCAUCCCCGACCAGGACGUGUCCAUGCUCUGCGCCUACAUGGCAGAAGCCUGUAGCGGCUGUGACCUCCAGUUAAACGUGUGUCUCUUCUACGUGGGUGAGCCACAAAUGGACAGCAUAGCCCCUGCCUGCUAUGCCAGCCGCACUGACACAGCCACUGCCUACAAGGAGGUCACCCGGGCUACCGGUGGCCGCUUCCACUGGUUUGGAGACACAGGCAUUUAUGAGAGUGAUGACAUCAGCUCCAUCAUAUCCGAAAUGGAAAAGGCUCUCAACUACUCCCAAAAGUGUGCCUUCUUAGUGGCCUCGCUGAAGAACCAUUCAAAAAAGGAACUGGAGAGUGCAGCCCUCCCAAAGGAGAAGCCAAAGAUGCCCAAGCAAGGAAGUCAGCCCAAGAAAUGCCGCCCUCCCAAGCCCACGGCCCCCGCAGUGGCCAGAACGAACAUUCAGGAUGGCCCUGACAGAGAGAAGAGCCCUUCCUUGAAAACUCUGAAAUGGCGUCCACACAGUGGCAGAGCAAGUGCCUCCCCAGCUGCAGCGGAGCCAGUGAAAGAAAGGACGACAGCAUGGAGAAGGAAGAACAAAUCAAGGGACGCAGAGACUUCUGUCUCACUGUUCUACACAGAGACAGGGAAUAACGUGGGUUCUGUGUACAAAAAGUACCCACAAGGAAAGGGUAUAAGAAGGAUUAGAGGUUCUAUUGAGUUGCCCAGAAAGGAUACAGUGUGUUCAAGCCAAGAGUGGGUAGCAAAUUAUGGGCUAAAAAAACUGAAGAUGGAAAUCUCCAGACACAUCGGUCCCAACUGCACUCACCAAAAGUCAGCACAGAGGUCGGCAUCAGCCAAGUACUGCAGCUGCAGCGCCUUCCCCAGCGUGGAGAUCAAAGGGGUGGUGAGACACAUCCAGUGGACACUCAGGGAAAUGGAGGCAUACAUCUCGUGCCUGGAGAAGCUGAUGAGGCGCUACGUGCAGAGGCUGCAGUGGCUACUGUCAGGGAGCCGCCGGCUGUUUGGCGCCAUCUUGGAGAGCAAAGUGUGCAUCCUGCUGGACACCUCGGGGUCCAUGGGCCCCCACCUGCAGCAGGUGAAGACAGAGCUGACCCUGCUGAUUUGGGAGCAGCUGCGGAAGCGAUGUGACAGUUUUAACCUGCUGAGUUUCGCAGAGGGCCUACAGCCAUGGCAGGACAGCCUGGUGGAUACCACAGAUGCAGCGUGUCACAAGGCUAUGCAGUGGGUGACCCACCUGCAAGCUCAGGGGAGUACCUCAGUCUUGCAAGCUUUACUGAAAGCGUUCAGUUUUCAUGAUGUGCAAGGCCUCUACCUCCUGACCGACGGGAAGCCGGACACAAGCUGCAGCCUUGUUCUAAAUGCGGUCCAAAGACUCAAGGAGGAAAGAGAUGUGAGAGUGCACACCGUGUCCCUGAACUGCACAGACAGAGAAGCGGUCGAGUUUCUAAGAAAGCUGGCAGCCUUCACUGGCGGGCGCUAUCACUGCCCGGUUGGAGAAGACACGCUCUUCACAAUCCAAGGCCUGCUCACCAAGGGCUUCAUCGAUGAUCAGGAUCCCCCGUUGCCACCAUUCGAAGGAGAUGAUUUAAGGAGAUUGGCCCAGGAGAUCACCAAGGCCAGAAGCUUCCUGUGGCAGGCCCAGUCCUUCAGGUCCCAACUCCAGAGGAAAAGCAACAGCGAACCCCAGGUCACUGUUUGUUAGAGACGUGUUCUCAGGUAAGGGGCAAAGGGUGGACCUCCCAUCUGCUGAGUGCCCAGUGAGGGCCGGGUGCAUGCUCUAUUUUGUGGAAAGUCACACCUUUGGGGAAGGGUUCCUCUAAACAGAAAGGCCACACUACAGAGAACCACUCACCAAGCACAUCUGGGCCCUGAGGGCAGCACGACACAGAAAGCUGUGACCCAGAUUGUCCACCGGAAACACGACACCACACCCAGGACUCCCUGGAAGUUGAGGAAGGAAAAGCUCUGGGUUUUGUGUAUGGGGCCCUCCCCAGGUCUACCCUAAGUCGCCUGCCCUGUCCCUGAACUUACCCUACACUCUGACCACAAGAUCACCGCUCACUGAGAAGCCGCAGGGGAGCCCCGUGCCUGGAACACCCUUCUUGCCACCUUCUGCCCGAUGACUCCCACUCACCCACUGAGACACAACUCAAAUGACAUCAGCUCCCGUGCGAAGAUGUCACUGGACCCAUCUGGAGCUGGGAGUCUGCAGAGUCGGGAGCCUCCAGCCUUCCUCUCCCAGCAUCCUAAGCCACCAUGCCUCUUACUGCAUUUGCCAUUCCAUCUCCCAGUUCCUUGCUCAUUUCUCUAACUCUCCUUGACCGUGAGUUCCCUGGGGAUGAAGCUGGUGUCCUAUUCAUCCAUGAGUCCCCAGAACCUGCUGCAUGGCAGACAGAAAGCAGACACUGAGCACUGGGCCGAGCUGUGAGAGCCCAGCUCUGCAAACAGCCAGACAGGCCUACUUCUGCCCUGGUGCUCUCUGUGCUGCCCCUGCCCUGGGGCACGAGGCCCACGCAGCUUCAACAUCAGCCCAUCUUCUUGGAAGAAGAAACAAGUGAGCCUCUGCCCCACCCCCAACCCCGGCUCAGCCAAGCUGAACUGAAGGUUGCUCUGGAACGCAGGCCGGAGUACACGCGGCUGGAGCACAUGAAAAUUGGGCAGGUGGUGGGGGCCUAGUCCCACCGUGCGUAUAAGAAGUGAAUGUGUCAUGUAAUACACCAUCUGGGGUCGUUUUCUAAAAUAAAAAUGCUUUUAUUUUCA